GUAAAUAAGUAUUAAACUACACGCAGCAGUCAGCUGAUUCGUGAUCGCCAGCCACAGCGAUAUAUUUUGUUGUAUUUUGGUUGCGACAUCGCUCCGUUUGGCUUUGUUUGGCUAUGCCGGAUUGUAUACGUAUACGUUCAGUUAUUUAUUGUCACUUUUGAGAUGCUGAGAUUCCGAAAAUUAUUUCCAAAACCUUGCUCGAUUAUAGCAAUGGUGCACGUGGGAGCGCUUCCUGGAACACCAAGGUACAAAGGCUGCAUCGAGAAGAUCGUGGAAAAUGCAGUGGAGGAGGCAUCGAUGUAUGCGAAAUAUUACGUGGAUGGUAUACUGAUUGAAAAUAUGAACGAUAUUCCCUAUGUGAGGCAGAAAGAUCUAUCACCGGAGAUUACAACUAUGAUGACAAGAAUUUGUUCAGAAGUUAGGAAAGUUGUGCCGCAAAGUAUCGCAUGUGGUGUUCAGAUUCUCGCAGGGUGCAACAAGGAAGCGAUCGCAGUUGCCAAGGCUGCAGAAUUGCAAUUUAUUAGAGCCGAAGGAUUCGUCUUCUCCCACAUGGCCGAUGAAGGCUUUAUCGAUGCAAACGCCGGAACUUUAUUGAGAUACAGAAGGCAGAUUGACGCAGGCGACGUUCUCGUGUUUGCCGAUGUCAAGAAAAAACACAGCUCGCAUGCGAUUACUUCCGACGUGAGCCUGUCGGAGACGGUAAAAGCUGCGGAAUUUUUUUUAGCUGACGGCGUUAUAUUAACCGGUAACGCAACUGGAGAGGAAGUAAGCAUAAGGGAUCUUUCAGAAGUGCGAGAAUGCAUCGCGGAGAGGCUGCCGUUGCUGAUCGGCUCGGGUGUGACGUUGGACAACGUGGACAAUUACUCGAACGCGGCGGACGCCCUGAUUGUGGGCUCGUACCUGAAGACGGGCGGCCGAUGGGAAAACGCGCCCGAUCCGGAGAGAGUCCAGGCUCUUGUCGGACAUUUAAAAGGCCAGCAGCGCCUAUGACGACACGCGAUUCUGUCGAGCCAGCCAGAAACCCGGCAGCUGUUCGACCAGCUGAGCGAGCUUCCACCUUCGAUUGGCUCCGUCGAUGUCAGGGCUGAAUAUCGAAACUGGCGCUUCGUGUACCUUCGAAAGUCGCAGCGGCACACGGGACGAAGAAAAUA